CCUCCCUCAACUUCAGGAUCGGUUUCCCUUUCUUUGCCUGACUAUAUAGUCUGCAAUCUUUCGUUCCUCUGGUCCAACUGAUAAGACAAGAUCCUAGUAUUAAGGUAUCCUAGCUCCUCACAAUAUUCCGCCAUCUUGACCUCCUAUUUGUCCAGACCUUCUCGACUCAAUCACCCAUCACCGUGAUUCCCCAGUCUAAAUACGACCAAGCCGUGUGCCCUAUGGGUCCGCGCCUGCUGCGGAUGGGGUUUAUCGCUGUUUUGCCCCUUCUCAUUGGAGGGAGAUGGGAAACCGCCCCGUCUGCCCUUUUUUUUGGUGACCCACUUUUUCCGUCGCUAUUGAUUUGCCUGCCCCCAUACCACUCUCCACCAUCAUCCGGUAUUCCUCAGACAGGCGAUCUGAUUUGGGCUCCAGCUUCUGUCGUGAGGGAAAAUCAGUUCAUAUCUCACAAAGCGGAACCGCGAAGGACUUCGGGGGCCCGUGCAGAGCUCUCAAGCAAAGAAGGCGCUCGUUUGAUGAGAUUCCCGUCGACCGAUGAUGGAAGAGAUCAUGGCCGACCCGCCCAGGCGCACUAGUUGCCCACCACCCCGUAUCAAUUAUCCUGUAUCACGCUGUGCGUCCUCGGGAAUGUCACGCCAAACAAGCUCCCGUUGCUGUGACGGGAUCCUCCGUCCUUCCCUCCAGCGUGACUGUGGUUCAGACAUUGCUAGAGUUCGACACCAGAGCAUUCCAAUGCCUUCAAUAAUGUGGGGGAACAGUCAAUCGGUGACAGGGAAACCAAAUGCUUGAAAUGCGUAACCGCUGCUCCGGUGCGCAGAGUCAGAUACUGAUUUUCAUUGCAUUGCAAGGUCAGGGCCGGUAAAACCCCCCUUUCGUUGCCGCUUGCCAGCUGCAUCGCUUAGACUCUCAUCUCCUACCCUGUCGAGAAGUUUGCCCUUCGGCGGGAGAUGGG